GUUUCUAUCUAGGUUUUCAAUUGUAAAAGAAAAAUGGCGUUUGCUUCUUCUUCUUCUUCGAGCAAGCAGCAAAUUGUUCUAUGUGGUCCGAAUCAUGUCAAAGUAUAUAAAAACACCACCACCGCCGACAACAGUACAGAAGCAGCAACUAGCGAUGAGCAGAUGGAAGUUGAUAGACCUGAUUUUAUGUUAAAAGAAGAAGAACGACCACCGUAUGUUAUUGUUGUCCAUGGACCUCCCAAGGUUGGGAAGGAGAAGCACCUGUUCAUUAGGUCACUAGUAGAUCAUUACACCGAGGAUCGUGAUUUACUGAACUUGCGAGGGCCCAUUACCAUCAUAACAGGGAAGAGAAGGCGAAUACAGUUUGUGGAGUGUCCCAAUAAUGUUAAUGGUAUGCGUGAUGCUGCAAAGUAUGCUGACGCUGUAAUAUUCCUCAUAAAUGCAUAUGUUGGGUUUGAAAUGGAGACAUUUGAGUUUGUUAACGUCUUACGAGUUCAUGGCAUGCCCAAGGUUAUGGGGGUGCUGACAUCUAUUGAUAAAUGCGACCUAUUUGAAACCAAAGAACACCUCAUGAAUCAUUUCAGCAUUGAAAUAUGUGAAGGAGCAACAGUAUUCUGUUUAUCUGGGCUCGAUCAUGGGAUGUAUCCGGAGCAUGAAAUCCGCCAGCUGGCAAGCUUCAUAUCGGCUAUGGAUUUCCAUCCUUUGUCAUGGCAAGCUGCACAACCAUAUGUGUUAGCAGAACACUUUGAAGAUGUAACUCGAGUGCACACGGAUAACAGAUGCAAUAGAGACAUUGUUUUGCAUGGUUAUCUCCGAGGUUGUGAUAUCAAGAAAGGAGCUAAGGUGCACAUUGCUGGUGUUGGUAAUUUCCAUCUAUUUAGUGUAACAAGCUUAGCCGAUCCUUGCCCUUUUCCGGCUGGUUCCAAAAAGAAGAGAUCUCGGGAAGAAAAAAAGCUUGAUGAAGGCGAGAGUUUCAGACCAGGGACUUAUCUAAGGUUGGAGGUCCGAGACAUUCCUUUCGAGAUUGUUGAAAAUUAUGUUCCUUAUCAUCCUAUUCUCGUUGAAGGUAUCAGUCCUGUGGAAGAGAAGAUUGGAUAUAUGCAGAAAGAUACAGCUGCUGUUGAUCUUACCAUGAAACUAGAAGAACCUCCAUAUGUUAUUGUUGUCCAUGGACCUCCCAAGGUUGGAAAGUCCCGGUUGAUUAGAUCACUAGUGAAGCGUUACACCAAGAAAAAUGUUAAUAAAUUAUACAUGCAAGGCCCAGUUACUAUCAUAUCAGGGAAGCAAAGACGGAUACAGUUUGUGGAGUGUCCGAAUAACAUUAAUGGUAUGCUUGAUGCUGCAAAAUAUGCUGACGCUGUCAUGUUGCUCAUUGAUGCAGAUACUGGUUUUCAAAUGGAAACAUUCGAGUUUGUGAAUAUUUUACGAGUUCAUGGCAUGCCGAAGGUCAUGGGGGUGCUGAUAUCUGAUGGUAUGUGCGCAGAUCUUGAAAAACUAUUAAGAACCAAAGAAUGCCUUAUGAAUCAUUUCUGUACUGAAAUAUAUGAAGGAGCAAGACUAUUCUGCUUAUCUGGACUUGGAACUGGGAUGUAUCCUAAGCAUGAAAUUCUGGAUCUUGCAAGCUUCAUAUCGAUUAUGGAAUUUCAUCCUUUGUCAUGGCGAGCUGCACAACCUUAUGUGUUGGUAGACCGUUUUGAAGAUGUUACUCCGUCAGGCAGGUUACUCAUCGAUUACAGAUGCACUAGGGACAUUGUUUUGUAUGGUUAUCUCCGAGGUUGUGAUAUCAAGGAAGGAGCUAAGGUGCACAUUGCUGGUGUUGGUGAUUUCCCUCUAUUUGGCAUAACAAGCUUUGUUGAUCCUUGCCCUUUAAAGUCCGCCCUCAAAAGGAAGAAAUCUCUGAAAGGAAAGGAGCAGGAUGGGUGUUCGAGUUUCAGACCAGGGACUUAUCUAAGAUUGGAGGUCCGAGACAUUCCUUUCGAGAUGGUUGGAGAUAUUAAUCCUGGUCAUCCGAUUCUCGUUGGAGGUAUCAGUCCCAGAGAAGAAAAUAUUGGAUAUAUGCAGGCAACACUUAAGCGACAUACUUGGCACAGGAAAUUGUUGAAGACAAGAGACCCUAUUAUAGUUUCCAUUGGUUGGAGGCGGUACCAGACGAGCCCUGUAUAUGCCAUGGAUUACAGUGGUGACCGGCUUCGAAUGCUCAAUUACACCCCCGUUGACAUGCAGUGCCUUGCAAUGUUUUGGGGCCCCCUUGCAUCACCCAACACUGGAGUUGUUGUUGUACAGGAUCUACCAGACAAAAGGGCAGCGUUUCGCAUUUUAGCAACUGGCGUUGUUGUUGAUUUUAACCAUGCUGCGAAGAUAUUAAAGAAAUGUAAGCGGUCUAGAAUACCUUGGAAGAUCUCUGGCAAGACUGCUCUUAUUAAGAACUUGUUUAAAUCAGAUGAUGAAAUUGAUAGGUUCAAAGAUGCAAAACUUUGGACAGAGAGCGGAAUUCAGGGGAAGGUUGAAAAGGCUGCAGAAAAAGUACGGAGAAGAAAGGAUGGUGUACUUAGAGUAGGGAUUGUGGAGUGCAAGUUUAAGCGCAGAAUUUGCAUGCAUGAUACAAUUUUCAUGCGCAUGUGGAAAGAAGUCAAAGUUCCUGGUUUCUUCAACCCAUUCAUACAAAUGACUGGGUUAUCACACAGGCCCGAUGAAUUCCCGAAAGGAGUGUUAUUCAAACAUGAAACUGAUGGAGAGUCGCCCACAGAACGACGUAUGGUGGCCUUUGUUGAGGGAGAGCCUAGCUUCCAAGACCUAACUAUUGCCAAGGAAUUUGAGUUGUAUCAUUGUAAUAAAGAGGAGCAGAAGGAAUUCAAGAGACAUCCAAUGCUGGUGAUGAUUCCAAAGGAAGAAGAGAUGUUAGAAAUACAUGAGAGAGGGGAGAUUACAAAGAAACACCAAACAAAGCCAUGGACUCCCGACUGUCCUGUAGACGACCGGGUCUUGAAUUGCGCAAUGAGUCUAUAUGGAAAAGUUCCAACUUAUUUUACCUUCUUCCGACCACGUAAUCAAAUUAAAUAUAAGAAUUAGAAUAUAUCCUAAUCUUAUAAUGUAUUUGCUCCAUGUUGUUUAGGAGUACUAGCUAAUUAUAUUUCAUAUUAAAAAGAGAUCUCUUGGAGUGCAUACAAUAAUCAAUUUGGUUAAUGUUAUAAAUUAUCUGUACCUAUGUACUAAACGGUAGCAAUAGGUACUAUGCUAUUCUACCAAGUAAAAGGCUAAGACUAAAGGCAUGCCCUUCGGCAUAUUUAAUUA